AUGAACAGUAAAAGUUUUGAAAUCAAAGCUCUUAGAGUUCCUCUAAUGGAGUUUAGGGUUUUGGAGAAGAAAGAGAGGUUCUUGUGUUUUCAAGGGAAAGGGGACUUACCUUGGCCGAGAAAAGUUUUGGGCCGAUGGCCGAUGGAUUUUGUCGCGGUCGAGCGAUUUGGUCGGCCAAACUUGCGAAUGGACGAGAAACCGAUUUUUCCGAUACGUGAUUCCGGCCGAGCGCGGCCUGUUCCUUCUCUGUCCGUGCGUCCGCGCGGACGGUUUUGUCGCGCUAAGUUCGUCGGCCGAGCAGAGCCUUUCCUUCCCGGCUCGACCGGCAUGGUCGGCCCGGUUGGAAAUUGCUCGGCCAAAUUUCAAUAG